UUUUUGUUUGGAACCCAGAAAAAAGAUUCAUAAAACCAGGCAAUAGAAAUUUCAUCUGAAGAAAAGAAAAAGUAAAGCUAUUAAAAAUCAAAGCCACGAGAAGAAAGUAGAAAAAGUUACAGUCUCUGUCUAUCAAAAUCCCAACGGUAACUGAAAAUCGCCGGAACCGAAUCUGCGGCGAGCCAAAACUUGUGGAUCUUUUAAUGAAAACUUGAAGAUUCCUCUUUCCACGGUUGCUUCUAGGGUUUUCUCUUCGAUUCACCACAUCGUCAUGAACCAAAUCUCUUUCUGGUGCCUUUCUUUACUCCUUACGGUGGUGAUUGCUGCAGAAGAGACUCCUAUCACUCGUAUAGCCUUCGGAUCAUGCGCUAAUCAAAGUGCUCCACAGCCGAUAUGGGAUGCGAUAAACAAGUUUGAUCCGCAACUGUUUAUUUGGUUGGGUGAUAACAUCUACGGAGAUAUAAGAAGACCACUUACAGUCAUUGGGAAAGAGAGAACUUUUGGGCCAUGGAGGAAUUCACCGAGGUUUGUACCUUCUUCAGAGGAAGAAAUGAAACUAAGAUACGCUAAAGCCAAAGCUAAUCCUGGAUAUUCUCGUAUUCAGAGAAAAGCUAAGGUUAUUGGUACAUGGGAUGAUCAUGAUUACGGAUUGAAUGACGCUGGAAAAGAGUUUGAUCGUAAAGUCAUUAACCAAAAACUUAUGCUUGAUUUCUUGAAUGAGCCUCUUGAUAGUCCUAGGAGAAAGCAAGCUGGUGUUUAUGCUUCUUAUACUUAUGGUCCGCCUAAUCGGAAAGUUAAGGUUAUAGUUUUAGAUACUAGAUAUCAUAGAGACCCUUUAAGAAGUGACGGGAGCAUAUUGGGUGAUACGCAGUGGGACUGGCUCGAAAAUGAAUUGAGCGGUCCCCGAAGCGAAAUCACUAUCAUAGGAUCCUCUGUUCAGGUGAUAUCAAAUCUUUCUGCUACCACUGGACCUCUCUUUUAUAUGGAAUCAUGGGGUCGUUUUCCAAAGGAAAGGAAACGUCUUUUUAAACUGAUAGCAGAUACUAAGAGAGAUGGAGUUAUAUUCAUCAGUGGAGAUGUACAUUUUGGAGAAAUCACGAGAUAUGAUUGUUCUGUUGGGUACCCAUUAUAUGAUGUCACCUCCAGUGGUCUAGUACAAUCUGUUGAGAAAGUUGUCCCUCGUCCCUUGCGUUCCAUAGUUAGGCUUCUUUUUUGGUAUACUCCAAGCACGAUGAGAGUUAUCAAUGAUAACUGCAAAUUCAAAUCUUGCACAUACGGUAUUAUUCUCAAUUUGAUUCCUUUUACGUUUUCUUCUGAUAAACUGUGGAAAGAUUUAUUGACAAGCCAAGACACACUCGAGAUCAGAGAUGUUAACGGAGACACUGUACUAGGCACGAAUGUUUCAUUAUCUGAACUCCAACCAGGAGGCUCGAAUUCUUUAAAAGAUACAACAACUAAGGGAAAGUCUCAACGAUAUUGCACACUCGAAAUUGAAUUACCAGGAACGACCAGAUACCGAUUGGCAGUUCUCAUCUACUUCACCAUUGCUGUCUUGGCAAUGGCGAUAUUAGGACUUAUCAUUGGAGCUGUAUUGGCCAUAACAGCAUGCGUUUAUAAAUGCAAGGUCGAUUGAUUGUUGAUGACAUUAAUCAACUUUUUUUGGUCCAACAAAAGUGUCUUUAUGACUUAUAAUCUGUAUUAGUUGGAUUAUUCAGGGAUUACAAUUCGGAUGUAGCUUAUAAUGUUAAAAAUUGUUGAACACAUGGAUUUUGAUCUUGUGAUGGGAAUUCUAAGCUUGAGCUGUUAUUAAUUAAACUUCUUUGAAAGAGAAUGUUUGUGAACACAAGUUAAAUUCUAGACUACAUGCAAUAGCAUUAUAGUUUCCAGUUUCUUUUUUCUUUUAUUAUUGUAAACCAAGGUUUAUCGUUUAUUACAUAUGAAGGUUUUCACUGUCUAUUUGUAAUAAAUUAAACAAAUUAAA